ACCACCUCAAGAGGAACCGGAAACGCGAACAAACUUUUCCCGGUCAUUUUACGCAACUAAAGUUGUUUAGUAUUUUCUCUUAUUUAGACACCAACACAUUAAACAACACGUCUACAACCUGUAAAAACCAUCCCAGCGAGGAAAGUCGUGAGGUUAGCGAGCUAUUUAUUGGCACGCUUGCUCAGCCGCCCAUAGUUAGUGAUUAUAGCGUAACGUUAACCGGCUGGUCAGGUAUCAACAUAGCCAGUCAGUGCACUUGUUUGUGAUACGUGGAUUCAACCUGAAGAUACUUUCAUGUUUUAGAUUUCAACAUGUCCUUGAGUGCAGUCCACUCCACACUGUCUAGUCUGAAAACAUGUCAGGCAGAUAUUGGAACUGGGAUGGACAUUGUGACCGACGUUGCACUGGACGUGGCAGAAACCGCAGGAACUGAGAAUGAUGCAGUCCUGAAGAAGCUGGAGGUGAUGAUGCUGGAGUGUGCCAAACUGGACCAGGAGAUCAACUGCUUCGUUGAGGUGGUGAACUGUGUCACUGCAGAGGUGAGGAACCAGGAGCCCGAGGCCAUGUUCAGACUGAAGUCUCUGGUGAAGGAGAAGUUCACUGAGACACACAGCAGUCUGUCUGAGGGAGAGCUACAGAACCACGUCAAGCUGGUCAGCUUUAAGGAGAACGUCAGAAACGUACUCAAAACAGUGAACCCUGAGGCAGCAGAGAAUAUGGAGGAGGAGCCGGAUGAGGAUGUUGCUGUGACGCAGAGUGAGGUUAACUUCACCUGUCCCCUGACUCAGGUGGAGAUGGUGAACCCAAUGAAGAAUAAGAAGUGUAACCACCACUACGACCGGGACGCCAUUAUGGGGAUGAUCAAGGCCCGGCAAAACCAGAAGAAGAAGUUACGCUGUCCGGUGGUUGGCUGUGGCAACACGGACGUGAAGCAGGGAGACUUGAUCCUAGAUCAGAUUAUGAAGAGACAGAUCCAGAAGAGGUAGACUACCACGGCAUGAUUCUGGGGUACGCCAACUCAUCAAACCUGACAAUAAUAAUUUGACUUUUAUUUAAUUGAGGAAAAAACAUGACUUGUUGUUGUUGUGACCAAAUGUUAUCUUGCUGCUGUGUCUGAUCGUAUUUGUACGUCACAGAGUUGCACUAUUCUGAAGUUUUACAUAACAAAACCUCUCUUUAUUUAUACAUAAGGGAUUCAUAUUCUUUAGUCAGUUCAAUAAAGGUAUAUUGGGGGGGGGGGGGGGGCAGGUAGCCUAGUGGUUAGAGACAGGUAGCCUAGUGGUUAGAGACAGGUAGCCUAGUGGUUAGAGACAGGUAGCCUAGUGGUUAGAGACAGGUAGCCUAGUGGUUAGAGACAGGUAGCCUAGUGGUUAGAGACAG